GACAGUGCCUACUUAAUGUCAGUUGUCAUGGUCAUCAUGUUAGUGAAAAAUAAAUUGUGAAAUUAUUGUUGAUCUAUAAAUUUAUACAAUCCACAAUUUAUUAUUAUUCAUAUCAAUUAUUUACACGUGGCUGUGUGCUUAUAUGAAACAUUUUCAUAUCCGUUCGGAGUAUUAUCUGCAUUUACAAGUUUAAAAAUGGUUUGCGUUCCUUGUUUUAUCAUUCCGCUUCUUUUAUUUAUAUGGCAUAAAUUCAUUCAGCCGUACGUUCUGAGAUUUUGGAAUCCGUGGGCUGUUAAGGACGCUGACGGGAAUGAAAAAACUGAAUUUCCGUUUAAGUGUGAAGGAGGGGUUUGUAUGUUCAGCAAAAAAAACAAAUCAACCAUUGAAGCGAAACCCGAGGAGACAGAAGAAACGAAGGGUUUGAAUCAACGUCUUAAAUCUGAAUAAGAGUUCUAGAACAAUUUCUUCUAGAUAGUUCUAAUUAAAUAUUGCCAACAUUGACCUUGAGUAAUAAUCUCAGUCGGUAAAUAUUAAAAGGGUUCAGCAUUUAUUUGUUUAAAAUAAAACACUGUUACUGGAA